UAAGUCCGGUAAUAUUCUAGACUUCAACUGGAAACUCUACUGGAGUACCUUCAUCUAAGACUUGCAUUAAUACAUACUGAACUCUUAACCAUCAAUCUUUUACAGAUACUUCUAUACCAGCUAGUCUCCCAGCUCCACCAUGUUUACUCAAGUUACGAGGACUCUGAGAUAGACGAGUCCUUGAACGAGUCGGUAUCGGAGUCGAAGCCUUCACACCGACACCGUCACGUGCACCGACACAAGAAGAGUCGUAGCCACAUGCAUGAUCACGACCAUGACCAUGACCAUGACCAUGACCACGACCACGAACAUCUCAGGACGGGAACGAGCAACGAAUACAACGAUGAUUGCGACUGUGCCUGCAGUAAGUGUGACGCACCUUCCGAUUGCUGCACAAGCACUUGCAAAAGCUGCUCAUCUUCAACAAACAACCUCAACCCGUAUCAAGGCUCCGGUAUGGCCGGACAGAGCCAAUCAAGCGUAGUGUUCGUGCCCUAUCCGUACCCUAUGAUGUUGCCUGCAGUCGUGAAGAACCAUCCGGCCACGCCCGCCACGACGAGCACGCCCGACACCACGCUCGAGGACACCACCACCACGACUACGACUACAACUACAACCACCACCACCACCACUUCCACGACAACGGAAGAACCCUCCAACUUCUACAUCAAGUCACAAAGCGAUAAACUUGAACUUGAAAAUACAAAUAAACAGCAGAGUAACAACGACAUGCUAGAAUCGGUUCUCAAAAGCGUCGUUGAUGAUUACUCGAACAUUAUAGUUAAGACGCCAGAUAAGCUGCAGAACGGCAACAAUAAGUACAUGCUGACGUCACUGAGGAGAACCAAGCCCACGUGGAUGCCCAAGUUCGGGAUCGUGCCCAUCUCUGACAACGUGGCCGAGAAGCUGAUGUCACAGCUGCGAGGGCGCGCGCCCCUGCGCCAGCCGACCAAGAAGAGAGCCUCCAUGUACGCCUUGAACGCACUGAAGAAGUAUUAGCUUGUAGACAUUUUUAUAUUCUUUUACUUUUGUACCUGAUAUAUUUUGUCAAGAACAUUGAAAGUUAAUCAUUGUUAUGUAAGAAUGUUUUUAUACG